ACCCCACACUAGCGAGGGCCAGACAGGGCUGUUAUGUGGCCCGUCCGGGGUGUGGCCAGGGAUCCCGGGAGGGAAGGGCGCUGUACGUCCUUGGGCGGAGAGGGUAGGUGACUCCGGCUGAAGAAGAGGACUCAGAAUGAGGGCCUUGAAGGUUUCCCAGGCAUUGAUUCGCUCCUUCAGUUCAACCGCCCGGAACCGCUUGGAGAACCGAGUGGCCGAGAAACAGAAACUCUUCCAGGCGGACAAUGACCUCCCGGUGCACUUGAAGGGCGGGGGAACCGACAACAUUCUCUACCGACUCACCAUGGCGCUGUGUCUUGGAGGCACCAUCUACAGUCUGUAUUGUCUUGGCUGGGCUUCCUUCCCCCAUAAGAAGUGAGACCAAGAAACCUUCAGGACCUGAAGAGACAUCAAUAAAUGUGCUGGCUUCUUGGGGAACCCAA